AACAUGCUUGUAGCUUGGCAAUGAUAGCGAUAGCGUUAGCAUGACGCGCGACGGCGAAAUACCAGCCAUCUUUAAUCCGAAACGUGUACGCACGCCAUCGGUUGUGGUCACCGGCGAUUCGACGACCAAUGGCGCCUUUAACAACAACAACACUGGGCCAGGGAUUGGCACUGUGCCGAGCAGCAGCAGCAGUGGCUGCGGCUUUAGCAAUGUCUUAACUUCCAGCAAUCCGCAAAUAACCCACCAAGACUCCAUCUCAUCCAGUCAGCAAGAUCCCAAUGAGCUCAUUACCAUACAAGCGGACACGCCCACAGGCGCACAGUUGGCUCACUUUGGUGGCGACUCCAGCGAUGCGCACACCGCUCAGUUGAACAUAGAAGCGCAGCCAAAUGGUGGACAAGCUGGCGAGGAUGCGGAGCUGCGCUUUCGCAAGCUCAAGGCCUGCAAGCAGAGCUGCUGCUCCGAACUGGCCAAAAAGAUGUACUUUGGCGUUUGUGUCACCAUCUUGGUCACUGCUUCGUGGGUGGGUGCGACGCACUGCAUCAAGUACAUGUAUUUAUAUAGAACACCCUACGAUGAGGUGCUCGACGAUGAGCUGGACACCUCGUCGAGUCGCGCGGAGCUAAGCACCGAGCUGGAGGACAUACUGGCCAUCAGUGACUCGUCGCUGCAUCAUGUCGAGGACGCCACCGAGAUGUUCAAUAUACCACCGCGGCAGCCAGUUUACUUCAGUGCGCCAUUCUUUGCUGCCUGGUUCUUUACCAACUUCUCACUGCUCUUCUUUCCCAUCUACAUACUCGGAUUGCUCUCGGCUCGCCGUUGCGACAAGCUCAGCGAGAUCCUGGCCGAUGUGCUGCGUGGAUUUCGCGAACGUGGCUUCACUAUAGGACGUUUUCUGAAUCGCUGCUUGUCCUUCUGCGUGCUCUGGCUGGUGACCACAUAUCUGUAUACUUUGUCCCUGCACGUGCUGUUUGCCACCGAUGCGCUGGCGCUCUUUGCCACCAAUGUAGCAUGCGUCUAUCUGCUCUCCUGGGUGAUACUACACGAGCAGUUCGUGGGCGUGCGUAUUGUGGCAGUUAUAUUGUGCGACACGGGCAUAGCUUUGUUGGCUUAUAUGGACGGCAUAACCGAAAGUCGCACCUUGGGUGGCGUCGUCUUGGCCACGUUAGCUGCUGCCGGCUAUGCCGUGUUUAGGGUUAUGUUUCGCAAGGUGAUGGGCGAUCCGCCAGUGGCUCAAGUUGCAUUCACAUUCACAGUGCUGGGACUGCUCAAUGCGCUGCUGCUGUGGCCUGUGGUGCUGGCGCUUUACCUCACAGGCGCCGAGAAUCUAUCAGCUGAAAGCAUACCCUGGAAUAUACUGCUGGCAGCCAGUGUGCUGUUAUUGGUGUUCCAUGUGCUGAUGCAGUUCAGCGCCGCCGUUACCUACAACAUGUUUGUGACUUUGGGCCUGAUUACGGCCGUGCCCGUUUCGGGUGCGCUCGAUGUCAUACUGUACAGUGCAACCUUUGCUGGCAUGAAACUGGCCGGCGUCAUAUUAAUUGCCAUUGGCUUCUUUCUCGUCAUGUUUCCGGAAAACUGGCCCGACUAUAUAACUCGACUGCUGCGAAAGAGCGUUCGUGCCAUUCUUCGUUACCAAUGUUGUUGUGAAUUAGCCGAAAUACGCUAUGCUCAUUCGAAGCAUCAUAAUGCUGGGUCACAAUGCGAGAUGGGGUCGCGGCCCUCGGAGCGGUACUUCAACAGGUCAGCAUCCCACCAUUAUAGACUAUCGGACGGGGUACAUAAUGUCCCAUCUUCGUUCUCCUCUCUCUGGCCGUGUGAGAUGACUGAUCUAUCGCCAACUACAGCUGGGUUUCUGCAUGGCAACACCAACGCACAUCAACAUCAACAUCAACAGCAACUUUUACAGCAACAGCAACAACAUCAUCGACACCAGCAGCAUCUGCAGCGCCAGCACUCGCACACCUCGCUGACCAUGAUCCACAGGCAGAGCAGCAGCCACAGCAUGCACGGCAGUCGACGCGGCAGUGGCGGCUUGCGUGCUCCACCCACAGGCACUGGACGUCUCUUCUCUUACUUUGGCAACGAGCAUGAGCACGAGCCUGAUCGCAAAAAGUCCGAAACCUCAUUCUUCAACUUGGGCUUUCGUCGCAAGUCCACAGUGGUUUACUAUGCGCCACAGGAUUAAGUGCAGAUUUGAUUGUGCAUAUCAAAUUAUAUAGUAGUUAAUAUCACGCUGGCUACAUUUGCAAAUACAAUCGUUGUUGUUGUAAAAGUUAAAAAUGUACACAUUGCAAUUAGAAUUUUGCUCAAAAUAUUAACUUAAUUAACUACAAAUACAAUUACAAAACACACAUAUAUAUGUCUAUCAUAGUACACAGAACAAUUUAAAAGAUUAAACCCAUGCGAAAUCCCAGACACAACAUACACAUAUAGCAAGUAAAAAGUCUAAAUCGAAGCCAAUUGUUGUUAGCAAUUAUAUAUAGUAUAUAUACAUGUUUUAAAAAACACACACAUUAAAGCUAAAGCCCAAAGCUCAAAGUAUAUCAGUUUAUUUUUAGUUUGGCUAACUAAUAUUUAAAACUAUUAGCUUGGCAUAUAUUCUAACUACAUUUGCUGAUUUAUUUUGAGCAGCGGGCAUAGUUAAUACUGUAGUUAAGUCAUAUUGUUUAUAAGCUCAUACUAGUUGGUCCAGC